AAUAGAAAAUCGAAUGCCGGUCACAUGACUACUAGAGCAGUUCACAGUCGUCAAGUUGGGUUGUUUAUUUUAAGCAUCAGCAUCUUUGAUUCGGAACUGUGCGUCCGGUUAUUGUUUCUCUAAGAUAGUGUCGUAUACCUAUCUUACCGAUCGGGAUCGCGGGUGUUUCACUUGAAAAUCCACAAUUUACGAUUUAAUAGUUUUCCGACAUUUUUAUUCGCAAAAAAAAUGUAACUGUAGUGAUUAGUUGAAUUUUGUAAGAUGUGUGUAGUAUGUAAGUGAAAAAUGAAGACCUCUUGAGCCGGUGGAGAGUGGUUAAUGUGUAUCGUGUUUCUAUAACAAUUUUACGUAAUGUUGGGAGUUCUUAAACGUCGUUGGAAACCUAAAAGGUCCAGCGCUGGUUCAAGAAUUCCCGGAGGCGAAAAUGCUGCUCUCGAUGGCUACGACAGAGAUAAACCACAAUUACGACCGCACCAGGUUCAUCCUGUUCUCGAUUCAAGGCAGACGAUUAUAUGUUACGAAAAAUCACCUGUUGCGAUUUCCGAUCGACCUCCGUCGCCGCAACCUCAAAAUUCGUGCUACCCUCUAGCGCCGAACAUUUGUGUAGAGGCGGGUCGUAUUCAAUUCAUCCGUCAGGAGGUAGAGGACGCUCCCGUACCUGUGCCUCCUGAUCACGUAACAACCGCGCCGGCGACACAACAAUCUCCAAACACUGGAGCGAGGAUAACUGUCACUAGAGGGUUACAAACAGACGAACAGGAAGAAGAUUCGCAAACCUUCCGAGAGAUACAAGCAUUUCUCGAAAAUCGAAUAGUGGAAGUUGAAUCAGCACUCGAAACUUCUCAAAGAAACGAAUUAAGAGACAAACAGACCAUCAACAAGCUCACCAAACAACUUAAUAGGAGAGAAUCAGCUCAGAGGGAUGCUGACCGCGAACGUCGUCUUCGUGCUGAUAGCGAGACCAGAGCGAAGCAGGCACUUCAAGAAGCUGCCCGCUGCAGGUCUAGGCUUAAGCUUCUCACGUCCGAAUUCCAAAGAAUGGAAGAUACAGUUCGAGCAAUGUUGGCGUACAAAAAACACGCAGAGCAACUUAGACAAGAAAAAGCAGCUCUAACUUUAGCUUUUGAGAACCGUUGCCAACAAUAUCAAAGUACGAUAAGCCGUUUGAAUACGGAAAUAGCCACGUUGCGACAACAACUUGAGCAAGCGGGCAGAGACAAUAAUCCCGAAGGAAUUUUGCAAGCGCACGCUGCAGCUUUACAUAGACAAGCAGAAGAAUCCAGGAAACAAUACGAAAGAUGUUUGGACGAUGUCGCCAACCAGGUGGUUAGGGCAUUAUUAACGCAAAAAGGUUUAAGAGAAGAAGUUAAUUGUUUAAAUACAAAAAUACACGAUUUGGAAACACAAAAUCAAGCGUUAGCCUCUAUGUUAGUCCACCAACUACGUAGCGAUAGUCCAGAAACCGCGGACUUGGAAGCUCUCUCCAAACAAUGCUUCUUAGAUCAAUCAAGACAAUGCUUCUUUGAAGACAGAAAACAAAGAAUCAGUAGCGAUAGCUCCGUUGAAGGUACUUCGCCGAUGUCCCUUAUGCCAAACAGCUUCAAUGUCAAACAUUGUAAUUCUUUUAAUUCAGAAGUUUUAGAAGAAAGUCCUACUGAUAAUUGUGAUAAGGAUUCAACGACUAAUAACGAUAAAAGGUUGUCUGCCGAUACAGCUAAUAUUUUUGAUACUCGAUUAUCAUUAGAAGAUAAAAAACGUCAUCAAAUCCUCACUAAACUCUGGACCGAACUUAAAGGUACCGAAGUAACACCGAAACGACUUUUAGAAGCCCUAAGUGCAGUAGAUUCAGCUUUGUGGGUACCGCCGAAACGACCCGUUUCCCUUAAUCUACAUCUUCCGAUAUUACAAUCUACAAAAUAUCGAAGAUCUAGACCCAUCUUAGCCCAAUCGACAUCGAAAAGUGAAGAAGAAACAACAGGAAACGAAUCGCCUGAGAGUGGAAAUCGAGAUGAGGGCUAUUCUACUAUGUCUUCUGAUGUCCAAGCUGAUGUGACAAGAGGUUCCGGAGACGCGACAUUACCGAGAAGAGGAUUAGAAGAUUUGAAAGAAGCUAGUGACGAAACCGACGUAUCCGAUAACAGAUUAUUAGUUAGCGAUAACAAAGAUCCCGAUAUACUCUACAUUCCGUUGAAUUUGCUGAAUCUCAAUCAAAGGAAUAGUUACCCGCCUAGUAAAGACAUGCUGCCAUUUCAACAUAUAAUGCGGAGUUUUUCAGAUUCACACUUGUGUAUUAAAAUAACCACCGCACCAACUCCUUGUUAUUCGUUCAGUUCGCCUAUUUCUAGUAGUCCUUCUAUUUUUUUAGUUGAUAUAACGGAAAAGUCGAUGAAUCCGUUGAGAAGGACUAGAGGAACCAGUACUUUAUGGGCAGGCAAUUCGAACAACUUGGAGAUCUGUGCCGAAGAAAAUAAAUCACCGUUGUCUUGGUCAAGCGGAGCGGAGGAUCGUUUGGAAUGUACCGCUUGGGACGCGGAAUACAUUCAACAUUGGUUAAAACUGGACGAAACUCGUUCUACAUUACAACAACACCAUCGAGAUAUGCUAGAACUAGAAUACGAUCGCGCAGAAUUAGAAGAUUGGAGUUUGAGUUUAUCCAACGACGAUUUAAGGGAACAAUGGAAGAAGAGCGACGUAACUACUCCCGGACAGAUUUCCGUAUCAACUUUACCCAGUAUACAAGAAAAUAACGCUUUGGAAUUGGAAGAAGAUUCGAAUGAAUGUCUUUGGAACAAUUCCAGUUACAUGAUGGAUAAAGAAGGUAGGGAAUUGAUGACACUUCUAAUGGAUGGUCCUAACGGCGAGAAACAUUGGCCUUACGCUAUUUCUAACGGUAUACCACAACAACAAAUUUCCCCAGAUAAUAGUUGGUCUAGCGGAGCUUCCGAUUGUUGUAAUUCCCACGAACCUGAAACUUGUUCUAAAAGAUCAUCAGUAGCCAGCAGUGAUACGGGGGAAUUACCUAAUAUAGGAACUGAUUUUACCAGGGAUUUUUAUAGAUUGGUGAAAUUCGAAAGUACUAAAAGCCUCGCAUCGACGUCGUCAAGAAGCUUAGGAGGAGCUUUAAGUGAAAACGGGGAUAAUCGUGAAGCUACUUUACAAAACGUACUAACUUUCAUAGCGGAACAACAAAAAUACGUCCAUUACAGAGAACCUACCACAAGACCUUGUUCUGUUAACGAAACGACGAAAGAGUUUAACGUCGAAGCCCCUCUACGACAUGAAGAUAUUGAUAACAGUGUGACUAAAAGCGAAUCUAAAUCUAGUGAUAACGAGAAUUACGUCACAUUAAAACAACUAUGCGAGGAAUACUGUUUAAAGGAAAAGGAAAAAGAAGAAAAUGUAAAAGAUAAUAAAAAAGUAAUCGAAGAAAACUUGAAACACGCUAACGAAGUAUGUCUAGUGACUCCCAUAGAUCAGGAAAGUGAAAACUGUUCCAAUAUAAGCGUACACCCUGUAGACAUUUGCACUAGUGAAAUAACCACCGCCACAGAUUACCAAAGUAGCGUAUUAAAAGACAAAGAAAAAAGUGAUAGUUUGAUUAGUGAUUUAACGAAAUCUAGUGAUACGACUUUUAGUGAUAUUUCUACAAACAAUUGUGAAUCUUUGACUUCCAGUGUUAGUACUCCGGAUACGAUCGUUUCGAAAAUACCGAGAAGAAGAAGAACUGUUUCUAAAAUACCAGUUAGUCCUGCGAAAGUGAUAACUGUGAAUAAUAAUAAAAAUAAAGAAAAGGAUACGAAAAUACCAAAGAGUAAAAUACCACAUAAGAGCAAUAAACCAAAACAAAAGAAACCGAUUCACGUCCAACAACAAAACAAUUCACCUCAACACAUCGUCACAUCGGAAAAACUACCUCAAAGCGCAUCCGGUGUAUUAAGUCACAUAAUCGAAGGUCCUCCUCAUCGAGCGGUAAGUUUUCACGAAAGAGCCACUUCGAAAGACGUCAUCGACGAAUUGAACAGGAUGAUCAAGAGCGGUGAUGAGACGGUGGCUAAUCAAGUUGGGAGCGAAGGAACUAAUAGCAAAUUGGAUCAAGCUUGCCGACCGACUGGUUGGAUUCAUGUUGAAAAGGAUAUCGACUUGGCCGAUCCUAAGGCUAGAGCUAAUUUACUAGACGUAAUGAUGGCUUCAGUUUCGAGCGAUUCUUCUCCGACGUCUUCGUGCGGAGGUAGCGUAGCUAGUGAUUCGACGGAAGAUCCUCCGGAUUACGGACAUUUACAUAAAAUUCAUAAAUAUCAUCGACAAAAAAAAGCCAACGCCAUCAGGCCCGAAUUAGCCGUCGUCAGAGCUGGUGUACCCAUUUACAGACCAACAAUUAUUGGUAGAUCGGAUUUUUUUGUUCGAUACGGCACCAAAGAGAGAGAAGCAGUCGCGUCGUUCGAUUUUUUGGAUGAAUUGAGUGCGACGAGCUGUUCAAUCGAAGAUACUCCCGAAGAAGGAAUUCACGAAAUUAAAGAAGACGUAGAACGCGUGAUUACUUAACGAGUUUGAUUUUAUAAAUAAGAAAAAUUGAUCCAAUCUCGCUUUUUUGAAUUAUUGGUUUUGAUACGUUCCAUCCCAUCCAAUCCGAACGCUACAAGAACUCGUUUAUCGUGUUCUUGUAAUGGCGCAAAUUCAUUAAUGGGAUAUUCAUUGUUUGAUACUUUGCGGAAUAAUUUUUUUUUUCUGAAAACAACUCGAUUUCUUACUGUUGGUAUACGAGGGUUAUUACUUAAGUUUUGGUUAAGGUACCUCCAAAACAUGUGAUUUGAACGCAUCAACCGCUUCUUCAGAUGUACAAAGACGUUGGCCUCGUAAUUUAUUUUUGAUCUGCGAGAAUAAUAAUAAAUCGUUGGGUUGCUCCAAUAGAACAGUGGCGACAAGUACAGUUAUUCUGAAAAAACUGGCCACCAUUUGCUUCGAAGUGCUUCGUGUGCAAACAACUCUUGUUGGAUUUGUCUCGUCUUGGAAGACCAAUUCAUGUUCAGUUUCGGGUUCAAAUGAAUAAAUCCAUGAUUCGUCGCCGGUCACGAUCGUAUAGAUGUCUUUGCACCAAUCGACACGAGUUUUUUUCUGAGCGAUUGUCAAAUUAUGGGUUAUCCAACGCGAACAAAUCUUUUCGAGAGCGAAAUGUUCGUGGACUAUUGAAUGUAUGCGAGUGGAACUAAUACACAAGUAUGCCUCAAUCUCGCGGUAUGUCACAUGAUUAACUUGCAAUACCAGUUUACGCACAGCAUCGAUGUUUUUCUUGUAAAACAGCCGAUUUUGGACGUCAUUCGCAUAAUCCAUGUUGCGAAGUGCGACCAGCGAAACACGGUGGCAGGAGAUGGUACUGGUGUUGAUUUAAUUCACGUUGUAAGUCAUAGAAAUUCUUCAAGAUUUAAUUAUAUUUGUUGAUCAAGAUGAAUAUUUCACGUAUCUAUCAGAAACUCAAAUAACAAUCGUUUGAAACACGUUCUAAGUAGUUCGUCAUUAAAAAUGUCAAACUUUAUGAUGGUAAUGUUGCCAUUUCUCAAAACUUGAGUACAACCCUCGUAUAAAUGUGAUCUUUUUUUUUAAUUUUUAAUCAGUUUUUAUUCAUGGAAAAAGUUGCCAAACUAUUUACGAUUAUUUGUUACCUUAUUAACCAUACUUACAUUGAUGGGAAAGUUCAAAUCUGUAUAAAUCGAAUUUUUUAAAUGAAACUUUUUUGUUUAAAAUCAAAAAAUAUAUCAACAGAGUUGAAUUCUACAUAUACCAACAAGUUAUUAAGUUAUUAAUUUUUAUCCAGUAUUUGUUGUAAAAUCAUAUAAGUAAUAGCGAGGUUGCAUCAUUCCAAUUUUGAUUUAUUUAUGAAUUGAUAAAGGAACUGGAUUUUUUUUUGAUUAUUUCAAAAUCAAUUUUAUUUUCAAACGCUUGCCAAUUCAAUUGGAUAAUAAUAUAUGUAUAUUAGGCCAGGAACCAGCGGUAAAAAACGUUAAAACUGUGGAAUAUUGUUAAUCAACGUCGAUUUUCAUGAAAAUUUGGUUUUAAACUCUACUCACCCCUUUACUCAAAAUCUAACCUGUGCCAGAAGAGUGCUGAUUGUAGCAUGUAUUUGAGUAAAAUAAAGUUUGAAUGAAUUAUUCGUAGAUCUGUUGAUGUUCUCAAACAAGUUUAUGAUAUUAAUCGUACUCAUGCAACCCCUCCAAAGACCAUACUCUGAGGGUAGUAAUAUUGAUAGCUUUUUUAAAGACACUUAUAAUCUCGAUUUUAAUGAAAACUUUAAUUCAAGCUCUACUUACCUUCUUCUACGAAGUCUUCUCUGUGCCGAACCGGGCUUUUUAUAUUUUGGGGGAUGUAAACUACCCAUUAUUUGAAAAACAUUUAAAAUCUCAGAUUUUAUACAUGUUUCGGGUAAAAUGAAGUAAAUUAGCUGACAUUCUCAGACACGUUUAUGAUUAAUAAGAUUCAUACCAUACCUCAAAAUCAUCCCCUAAUCAUAUGAAAAGUUGAAAUAUAAUUUCAACGACAGUUUUAUAAUUAAAAAUUAUUCAAAAGCGUAUUUAUAUCGAAUUGAAAAUAUUUCGUCAGUAUUUUUAACAAUUUUUAUUGUUUUUAAAUAUUUCAACUCUUAUGAAACACACCUUCAAUAACCAAAAUUUUUCUACCGAAAUAAUAAAAAAAUGAAAAUUUUUUAAAAUCAAUGAAAUUUUUUAUUUAGAAAAUAAUAUAAAAAACAAUUUUGAAUAAUCAUAUUUCAUCAAUAUCUUCUCUUCUCGUUCGUGCCUGCUGUUGCUCAAUUAUAUACGCUACACGUUUUUCUUUUUCCAAUGCUCUAAAAUCGUGCUCUGAAAUUUUGAAAAAAAAAUAAUUGAUUUUCGACAAUAACUCAAUAGCUGAAUUUUCAAGUUAGAAACUGUUUUAAAAAAGGAUUUUGUAGGGAAGUUCAAGCACUUCAACGUCGUAUCAGUUAAAAUUUUUGUCAACCCCCGGUUUCGAAAAGGGUGCAGGGGUUUGGUUGGUACGCGAAUGCAAACCUUGAAUAAUGUAUAUCGUUCAAUUUUCAUGAUACAUAAAUUUCAAAAGGCUCAAAAUUUUUGGUAAGAAAAACCCUAAAAUUAAUAGUCGUAUUUAAAAAAUUUUGUCAUAAUAUGAAUAGGUUUUGGUUUAUUUAAGAAAAAUUCAUUUUUUUUUCAAAUUACCGAAAUGCAGUGGUCAAUUUAAUCAAUUAUCUCAUCUAAAAUAAGCAUUCAAACCGAUCAAAUCACAUCAAUCAUAUCAAUAAUACAUAAAUAAAGUUUUCAAUUUCUAGGUUCUCCAAAAAUAGCCAUCCUUCAACGUGCAAUAACUCAGUUAUUAUUGAAUUUACAGAGAUCCUCUAAAAUGAAUCUCUUUGUUUUUCUAUUAACUACAAGAUAUUCAUGAAAAACGUUAAAAAAUAUGCGUUUUCUGAAUGAAAAAUGAGCCAACAAAGUUUUCAAUUCCGAGGUUCACCAAAAAUAGCCAUCCUUCAACGUGCAAUAACUCAGUUAAUAUUGAAUUUACAGAGGACCUUUAGAAAUUAUACUCUUUUUCUAUUAACUACAAGAUAUUCAUGAAAAACGUUAAAAAAUAUGCGUUUUCUGAAUGAAAAAUGAGCCAACAAAGUUUUCAAUUCCGAGGUUCACCAAAAAUAGCCAUCCUUCAACGUGCAAUAACUCAGUUACUAUUGAAUUUACAGAGGUCCUCUAAAAUGAAUAUCUUUGUUUUUCUAUUAACUACAAGAUAUUCACGAAAAACGUUAAAAAACAUGCGUUUUCUGAAUGAAAAAUGAGCCAACAAAGUUUUCAAUUCCGAGGUUCACCAAAAAUAGCCAUCCUUCAACGUGCAAUAACUCAGUUACUAUUGAAUUUACAGAGAUCCUCUAAAAUGAAUCUCUUUGUUUUUCUAUUAACUACAAGAUAUUCACGAAAAACGUUAAAAAACAUGCGUUUUCUGAAUGAAAAAUGAGCCAACAAAGUUUUCAAUUCCGAGGUUCACCAAAAAUAGCCAUCCUUCAACGUGCAAUAACUCAGUUACUAUUGAAUUUACAGAGGACCUUUAGAAAUGAUACUCUUUCUAUUAACUACAAGAUAUUCAUGAAAAACGUUAAAAAAUAUGCGUUUUCUGAAUGAAAAAUGAGCCAACAAAGUUUUCAAUUCCGAGGUUCACCAAAAAUAGCCAUCCUUCAACGUGCAAUAACUCAGUUACUAUUGAAUUUACAGAGGUCCUUUAGAAAUGAAUAUCUUUGUUUUUUUAUUAACUACAAGAUAUUUAUGAAAAACAUUAAAAUGAAUGAAAAAUGAGCCAACUUAAGAAAAAAAACCUUGUAGAGAAAAGUUGCUUGGAAUUAGUCAAUCUAUCGACCUACGAAAUUAUUUUGAUCUCUAAGCUAGAGUGGCUUUCACCCCCAUCCUUCUGCACAGGGUAGAUUUUGAAGGUUAUGAUUGAUUAUCAAAAUUCCACGGGAAAUCGACUGGUACCUGACCUAUGUAUCUUAAUAAUAAUAAAAAUAUUAUUUUAUUUCUUGUACUGAUUGUAAAUUUUGUAAUUUGUAAUGCAUGUAACUAUUAUUAUUUAUUUAUAUAUCUAUUAAUAUUGGUACCGUCUAUUUCAACAAAAAAACCUUCUUAAACGUCCUACCUAAUAUCUACAGGGUGUCGAUUGUAUAUUAAAUUUAUUUAUACCUAAUAAAAUUGAAAAGGAAAAUGAAUUUAUUUUGCAAAUAUAUUAAAAGAAAACAUUUUCCUCAUCAAAUUUUUAUUUUCUAGUCUAUUUUUCCUUCCUUAAAAGCUCGUUUUGUUACUCCUGUGAUUGCAAAAUUAUUUGUUAUUAUAACACUGUACAUUUUUAUAGUCUUAUAUUAUGUGAGUCUCUUAAUUUUCAAGAAAGUUUUCUGUUAUAUCAAAAUAUUGAAAGUUUUGGUAACCCCCUGCUGCUAAAUUUCUAUCAUAUGCCUAAGACUAACAUCUGUUUUGAAAAUAUUGUUUAUAACCAGUACAAAGUUGGUUAUAUUGAUACUGAAUACAAAGUUCACUAACCACUACAACAAUUUUCGCAAAAAUACUUUAAAAAUCAACAUAAUCCUCUAUAAUACCAAAAUUUUUAUUAAUAAUAUUUUUACUGUUAAAUUUUGAGCACAAAAUAUUCAAUCUAAAGUACAGGGUGUUUUGUUUAAAAGAAUUAUAAACGAUUAGUUCCCUAGUUCUAUUUGAAGUUUCGAUAUUCUACUUGAACUUCUGGGGAAAAGCAGUGGCUAAAUCCAAGACAAGAAUGAGAGUAAGACACAAAGAAUAUCUCAAGUGGACAAAACAAGAAAAGAAGAAGCGGAAUACCACGACGACGCUGGAGAGAAGGCGUAGAUAAGGAAUUGUAGGAGAAAGAACGAACUAAAUAGCGGUUAGAGAUUGGGAGACGUUGGAAAACGUUGUAAAUCGAUAUGUAUAUACGAGGUUUAUCCGAAAAAUACGUAUAGAACUUCAUUUUUACAAUUAUACGAUUACGUUUAGUUGCCGUGUAGUUUCUCCCUUGAUGGCCUCCACAUUUACAAAGUACCGCUUUCGAUGCACUAUUUUGUAUUUCUGGAACAAGAAGAAGUCACAAGGGGCUAAAUCGGGUGAUCUGACAGUGUUAUCGAGAGUCUUGUCGUGAUGAAAGAUCUACCUGCUUCCUUGUGCCAAAUCCGUUCUAACUUUGGCCACACGAGCUCUGGGACGUCUCAAACCUUCAAGGCAAAAAUUUCCGUUCAUUUUUAGCCGUUCCCCUGCAAUCAAAGAAAACAAUCAACUUUUCCUUCACAUUGGACCUUGAUUUUCAUUCCUUGCUUUGAGAUUUGAGCUCCGCAUCGAAUCCGUAAAAUCAGGAGUCGUCUCCGGUAAUGACUUGAUUAAGAAAGUCGUUUGUUUUUAUCUGCUUCCAACCAAGUUUCACAACAUUAAAACCUUUUUGCUUUCUGUUCUGGUGUCAAGAGCUUCAGAGCUUCAGAAUUUCUUGUGUUGGGGAUUGACAGCUAGUCAGCUAUCAUUCUAAUUUUUAAUCCGCACAAGCCCGAAUCCGUUUUCAUCAGAACUCGAUGUCGCCGGGCGUCCUGGACCCUCAUUUCUCGGUUAUUCAGAACCUUUAUAACCUCUUGUUAACGGUUGGUUCCUUCAGAGAAUUGUCUACGUAGAUUUGUUGCAAACACUGAAAAAUCUCAUUUUUUGUUGAUGCGUUGUUUCUUGACCACAGAGAGGUCCAUGUAGGCGGCAGGUGAAGAAGAGUAAGAGUAAGAGAAAGUUAUUAUUCAACUUUUAUACGUAUUUUCCGAACAAACCUCGUAUUUGUACUUCAUGUUCAAGUGAUGUUUCUUACUCCACCAACGGUCUCUGAAAACGAUAAAUUUGUAUUCGAAACACGCAUCAAAUACAGUAAUAGCGUAGUGAAUGUUGGUAAACACUGUAUUCAGGUUUUUUUUAUAUUUAUGUAUUUUUUUUCUUGUGUAUAUGUACAAUUAUAUAAUCUCAAUUAGGAGAGAAUAUUUGUAAAUUAUUUAUUAUCAAAAAAUUAUCAUCAAAGACAAAUAAUAGAUAUUGUUCCGUUAGAAUUAGAUCGAGCUUAGUUUGAUAAGACUGUAAAUAUAUUUUUCUUCUCUUAUCGAAAACGAAAAUAUUUCGUAUAGCGAUUAGUGGAGUCGAUAAACAAGUUUUAUAUGAACUAGUUUUUUUAUAUUGCCCAUCAUCAUAUUUCAAAUAAUAUAAACUGCUUCAAUUUAAUUCAGAUAAUGAAACUCAUCGUUGUUUAUCAUAUAAUGAAACAAAAAUUUUGAUAAUUAUACCAAGGGCCUGGUUGAUGGAAAAAGUUUUUAAUGAAAUUUAUAAGAAAUUUCAUUCUCUACAAAUUCAGUUACCACUUUUUAUUUAUCAUGAACCGUUAACUAUAUAUUUAGCAAAAACCAUAUAGUGAAAAGUUUGGAGCACUAUAAUUAAAAACCUAUGCGUUAUACAAAAAAAACUUCCAAAUAAAAAAGAUGGCAAAAAUUAUUAUUCAUAAAAAUGAUUUCCACUAUUUUUGUCGUACGAUGCGCGGUUCGCUAGAUAUUCAAUAAAACGUGGAUUUACAUUCAGGGGGAACCCCUGAACAUAUUUCAAAAAAUCCAUUCUCUAGAAUUUGCAUUAUGAACCCGCCAAUAACUUUGUUUCAUUUUAUUCAUUUUUAUAACAAAUAAUUUACUACAAAUUUGUGUCAAACUACAAUAUGGCUCUCAAAUGAUAUUUUUUCAUUUUCUUUGUUUUAAAAUUGAAAAAUCGAUCUAACAUCAAAGUACAUACAAUGCUUAUAAUUAGGAGCUGAUUCAGUUAAUUAUUUAUAUUUUAAAAAAUAAGUUCUUUAUAUUCCUAUCAACGUUAUGGAAAAACUAUUUCAAAUAUAACCUUUUCUAUGUACUUCUAAAUGUCUCCACUAACUGAAUUUAUUCAUGGAAAUCAAACGAAUUAUUAGUGGUACAGUGUAUGUACAAUGUGAUAUAAAAAUAUUAGAAAGUUUUUCUAGUUUUAAUAAUAAUUUUAUUUAAAAGUGUAGGUAACUUCGUAAAUACCAAGUAGAUAACAAAGUGUUGAUAAUACAGGUGAAAUGAUAAUCUUCUACGAAUAAUUGGGUACAAAAUUAUGGUUUUUAAACCCCAAAAAAGAAAAUGGUAGUCACUACAAUCAAAUAUAUUUACGAAAUUAUUCUGUACUUAUAUUUAAUAAAAAUCUUUCAUUUUCUACGCAGUAGUAACUUUUAUUUAUUUAAAUAUUCUAAUUGUGACUUACUUACAAUUUGUAUUCGCAAUAUGGGAAAUGAAAGUUUGUCUAUUUCAACUAUUUAUAUAUAUAUAUAUAUCGAAUCAACCUAUUUACAUUCUCAUUUUGGAAGGUAACAUUUUAGGCGAUUAAAUUCGGUUUUUAAAUAUAUUAAAAAUCUUUUUCGUAUAAUAAAUGCAUUUACAAACAAAAUUUCAUAGUUACUUCACCUUUUUUUUUAUUUACAAGAUAUACAAGGAUAGUACCAAGCCCAACAAAGAAAACACAGAAAAUUUUUCAAGUCUGGAAACAGAAAAUAAUCCGAGAGGGCUAAAUAUGGCUAAUAGAGUGCGUAAGAUAGCAAUUCAAAUUUUUAUUCAUUUAUUUUUGGCCAUUGGAAUAGCGGAUGUGUGAGCUGGCGCAUUGUCUUGUUGAAACAACACUUUCUUCUUAGCCAAAUGCCGCACAUACCAAACAAACAACGCCAUGACCUUGCCUGCAGAUGGAACGGUCUUUGCCUUGCAUGUUCAACAACGUGGCUUCUUCAAACUUAAAUAAUAUGCUGUAUAAGUUGUGUACUUUCUAAUACAGUGGUAUUUUUCAAGCCAUCUGUAGGUCAGGCCAAGUACUUCGGAGACCAUCCUCGUAAUAGAUCAACUAAACUACUCGCCCCGUUGUUUGGACAUUAAAUUAACCGAAAAUCUAACCGCACCGCAGGAAAAUGUCCAUAGGUGUUAAAUCGGAAGGCCAACUUAUGAGAUCUUUCUUUGUUAUCGAUUUACCAGGAAAAAUUUCACUAAUUCGUUGUAGAGUUCUAUUGGAACGUAUGUGGAGUUGCUUCUUCCUACUGGAACAAUUUUCUUUGAUUAUAACCUGUUGCAGUUCAGACACGAAGAAGUCUUUUCAUUAUAACUGUGCAUCAAUAAUUCCUCGCACCGACAUCUCACCUUAUACAGUCAUAUUACGUUAUUAGGGGUUUCUAAUAAGUGUAUUUUGGAUUGGUUACGCUCCAGUAAUGACAAUUUUUGUUAUUUGUGUCCUUUAAGGUGAAAAUGAGCUUCAACCGAAAACAAGAUAUGGUUAAACGUUGGAAACCGUUUAAUCAUUUAGUUUAUAUAGUAAAGCAUCAUGGGGCUUCAAUUCUUGCACCAACUAAAUGUUGUAACCAAAUAUUUGUGUAAAAAUGCAAAAUAAUGAUGAUCUAUGCACAUUUAAAUUAACAGCGUUAUUCCGAAUGGAUGUCAGGCUGGUCUACGUUUUCGACCGUUCUAAAAGACCUUGGACGCCCGGAUUUUGAUUAAUCCAGUAUUGAUCUAGUCUCUCCAAACUUCUCGACUCUUUUACCAAUUAGCGCAUCAUUUAAAUGACGUAUUUUCUACAAUUUUUGUAAAAAUCACGAUGACACAGCGCCUAAAUUCUCGAGAGGCUCGGAAUAGCUGCGUUUACGCAAUAAGUUUCUUUUGAGACACCUUGUAUUUAUUGCUAAAUUGUCUUGAUUUCAGAUCUCUUUUGAUAGAAAAUUAGUAAAAACAGGUAAAAAAAAUUGUCGAUUCGACAAAUAGAUUAACGCAAGAUAAUUUAGCAACAAAUAAACAUAAAAGAGUCUAAGAAAUGAGAAUCUAGUGAAGUAAAGAGAAUAGAAUAAUUAAAAUUAAAAUACAAUAUGAUGUUUCUCAGCUUCUUUCAAACCUUCAACACCCUUUGUAUCACUAGUACAAUUACCUGUACCAUAUUGUUUUAAAAUAUAAUUAAAAUACCUUUUACUAUAAUACACUGAAAAAAAUAAAAUGUUAUACUUACCUUUCUAUUCUUAUAUCGUAAUUAUAUUCUUCAUCCCAUGUGUUUAAAUAUGGUUUGAUUCGAUAUAAAAGAUCUUGUAUAUCUUAUUUAGACCAUUGAUAGAAUUUUUAACGAAUUUUCUCGAUGAUAUAACUAACUGUACAUUAAAAUUUCAAUGGUUUAGUAGUCAAUCGCGUAACAUAUUUUAGACUACUUAUAUAACGAUGUCUAUAAUUGAACUGUGUGUAGAGUGAUGUAUUUUUAUAUAGGGUACUUAUAUAUUAUAUAUAUUUAGUACAAAACUAGACUUUAAAUAAACACAGUACAUAUUUA